GAUCAGGCGGGAGGAGCCAGGAUCGGGCAGGAGGAGCCAGCACCGGGCGCAGGCGCUGCUCCCGCAUCCGCCGCUCGGCCGGGCCUGGCGGCUCCCCCCCUGCCACGCUGGCUCUGCGCUCCAUGGACGGCGUUUUCCUGUCGCCCACCGAGGAUGAGUUCGUGGGCAGGAUCACGGAGGAGCUGGAGCAGUUCAUGGUGCAGGGGCAGCACCAGCGAGUUCUCCUGUUCCCACCCCUGUCCAGCCGCCUCAGGUACCUGAUCCACCGCACUGUGGAAAACAUGGAAUUACUGAGCAGCUUCUCAGUGGGAGAGGGCUGGAGGAGGAGGACAGUCAUUUGUCACUCGGCUGUCAGGCUUCCCAACGAAACCUCGAGCGACCAAAAACCCGGGACCAACCCCGGCCGUGCCCAGCGCCCGGCCCAGCCCUGGGGCCGGGGGGGCCGGGGCGGGACCCGGCUGCGCCACCCCGGGGACACCCACGGGGACAAUCCCCGCUCCUCUGUGGGCUCAGGCAGGAUCACCAGGCCGCCCAGGAAGAGGCAGGACAGAGCCCUGUUCGUGCCCAAAGGGAUCCGGAAAAAGGCGAAUUGGAGGGACAGGGAGAGCCCCGGGGAGGAGCCUGAGUGGGGAGGUGAAAACUGCCCCAAAAAUUCCACAGGGCACAGCCAGGGCAAGGAUGGAGGGAAGCAGCAGGAGAAUGGGGCAGGAAAAGGCAGCUCUGAGCAUCCUCUGUGCCAUGAGAAGGUGCCACCCUUAGGGAAUAGCCAGGAUUCCUGUGAGCAGGAAAUUCGGGAUAGAGACUGUUCCCAUUCUGCUCCUGGACACAGCCAGCAUCCCCCUGAAGCAGAAGAGCAGGAGCCAAGCCAUGCCAGCACCAAAAUCAGUGAAUUCCAGCGCCAGGAAAACCAACCCAGCCGGAAUUCCGGAGGGUCUGAGUGUGGGAAAAGCUCCUCCCCUUUGGAAAAGCACGGCUGGACAGGGCUGGAAAGGCAGAGCAGGAGCAAAUCCCCAGAGCAGGGAGCCCAGAGCUCCAGGCUGGAAAACCAGAGCAGGAGCAAAUCCCCAGAGCAGGGAGCCCAGAGCUCCAGGCUGGAAAACCAGAGCAGGAACAAAUCCCCAGAGCAGGGAACCCUGAGCUCUCCCACGCUGGAAAACCAAGAGCAGGUGGAGCAGAAACCUCUUGAGAAUGUUCUGGAAGGGCCAGGAGAAGCUCUGGCUGCUCCUGGGGACGAUCCCCAGCGGAUCCACGGCGGGAAGGUGCCCAGGGAGGAAGAGGAGGACAAGGAAGACUCAGACGUGGCCGAGGCGCUGAGCAGGAGCUUGGAUUUGGCUGCAGGGGACAAAGAGGGGACAAGGCAGAGCAGCCUCGAGGAUGACACAGCAGAGCUGCUGGCAGAGAUCGUUGGGAAUUUGACAGUGAAGGACAUCAGCAUCGAGAGGAUCAGCGUGGAUUAUUGCAGCUAUGGGGAGGCCCAGGUCACUGAGGGGGACUUGGGCCACGUCACCGAGAUCUACGACUUCCCCUCGUCCCUGAAAACCGAGGACCUGAUGGAAAUGUUCUCAGAUUUCCAUGAGAGUGGCUUCAAAAUCCAGUGGGUGGACGAUACCCACGCCCUGGGAAUCUUCUCCAGCUCCUCCACAGCCUCCCAGGCCCUGGGCCGCCGCUAUCCCAGCCUCAAGCUCCGGCCCCUGAUCCACGGCACCAAACAAUCCAAGCUCAAGGCUCUGCAGAGACCCAAACUCCUUCAGCUGGGAAAAGAGAGGCCGCAGACGGACACAGCAGUGGCCAGGAGACUCGUGUCCCACGCCCUGGGCUGGAGGCACAGGCAGCAGGAGGCAGCAGGGAGUGAAGAAUUCCAGCCAGAAUCCUUGGAUCAGGAGGAAUAAUCAAAAAAAAAAUCCAAAAAAACCCCAAAAUCUUUAAAAGAUGAGCAUGGCUGUGCUAUUAAAUGCAUGCAGAGCA